UUUAAAAACUUCUAAUCGACAACAUUGAUCAUUUACAUGUUGUAAAUCAAUAUAUAAAAAAAUACAAUAUUAGACGAAAUUCAAAAUGGCGAAAGUAAGACGAGGUCGUUUUACUCUUUCAACCAAUAUUAUUAUGACAGCAUCAUUAAUCACUAGGACUCUGGCUUUCGGAUAUAUCAUGAUGUCAAUCUACAUCAAAGUUGGCGAUGAUAUUCUGGAUGAAGACGUCAUUAAAGUCGUGGAUAUGGAAGAUGUAGCCGGCAUGCCUCUUGGAACAACAAUAAAAUCCAUUGUGUGGUCUUUGAUUGGGGUUUUUGUUCUCGAACUUAUUACUGGAAUAUUUGGUAUUUGGGGAGCUAUUGGACGAAGACAGCGGAUGUUAGCGAUAACCGUUUUGAUGAGUUCAUUGAUGAUAAUAAUCUACGGUAUAUACUUAGUGAUUCUUUCUAUAUUAUACCAUCAGAAGUCAAGCCUACGUGAUACAUUGUACACUUAUACGCAAGCUUAUCGCCAAGGUCCGUCUUAUAUGUCAAGCACAUACUAUUAUGAUACUUUUCCAAGCUUUUUAUCUAAGUUGGGAUGUGAACAAAUAUACACGUCUGGUGUUUAUUACUGCUAUGAAAACUAUAAUGAACAACUAAGUAGUUACCUGAAGACCUAUUUUGGUUUGAUUGUAACAUCUAUCGUGUGUCAGAUAGUAACUAUAGUUGCAGUAGAAUAUACAUACAGGAAGUUUGAGUUUAAGGAAAAGAAACCGAGAAUUUCAGAUAACAAAUACUAUUUACUGUUGACGUUACAGCAUGGAAUAUUUCGAAGAUUUGCCAUAUUUGUAAGAGAUAAUUGGAAAAGGUCAAAAUUGAUGUUUAUAUCAGUAACCUUCAAGAUUUGUUCACUAGUAAUUGGAACCGGAUUACUAGGGCUUGGACUAACUCUGAUUGGAGAUAUAUUCAUAAAUAAUUCAGCAUUACGAUAUAUAUUUAGACAAAUACAAUUCCACAAUUAUUAUUUCUAUGACAUUCUUGUGGGUGUAGCCGCUUCUGCUGUAGUGAUUGGCGUUUUAACGAUGGUUACAUCUAUAACUGGUUUAAUUGGUUCAUGGAGAAAGUCAUCCAAAUUAUUGAUCACGGUAUGUAAAAGGCAAAUUUAUACAUGUUAUAUGUCAACGCACACAGGUGAUUGUGGACGGCGCUAA